UAUAUUUAUCCCCCAACCUUCAUAAUAUCUGAUCUCGGUCGAGUCAUUCAUCUCAGAAGAAAAUCAGAGAGAGAGAUAUGGGCAGUUCAGGGUUCUCAUGGAAACUGGCGGAUCACCCGAAGCUCCCGAAAGGGAAGAUCUUGGGCAUGGUAGUGCUCGACGGAUGGGGCGAGGCCAAUCCCGAUCAGUACAACUGCAUCCACGUCGCCGACACUCCCACCAUGGAUUCCCUCAAGAAGGGUGCCCCUGAGAAAUGGAGAUUGGUUAAGGCUCAUGGGAGUGCAGUAGGGCUUCCAACUGAGGAUGACAUGGGCAACAGUGAAGUUGGCCAUAAUGCUCUUGGUGCUGGACGCAUAUUUGCUCAAGGUGCAAAGCUUGUUGAUUUUGCUCUGGACUCUGGGAAGAUCUAUGAGGGAGAAGGUUUUAAGUAUAUCAAGGAGUGUUUUGAAACUGGCACAUUGCACCUCAUUGGGUUGUUGAGUGAUGGCGGUGUCCACUCCCGUAUUGAUCAGUUGCAAUUACUUUUAAAAGGAGCUAGUGAGAAUGGUGCAAAAAGAAUCCGUGUCCAUAUCCUUACUGAUGGGCGUGAUGUUUUGGAUGGUUCCAGUGUUGGGUUUGUAGAAACACUUGAGAAUGAUCUUGCAAAAUUACGGGAGAAAGGUGUCGAUGCACAGAUUGCAUCUGGUGGAGGUCGUAUGUAUGUGACGAUGGAUCGUUAUGAGAAUGAUUGGGAAGUUGUAAAACGUGGAUGGGAUGCCCAAGUUCUUGGUGAAGCCCCUCACAAGUUUAGGUCUGCUGUGGAAGCUGUCAAGACUCUGAGGGAGGACACCAAGGCCAGUGACCAGUACAUACCUCCUUUUGUUAUUGUUGAUGAGAAUGGGAAGCCUGUGGGCCCAAUAGUGGAUGGAGAUGCUGUUGUUACAUUUAACUUCCGAGCAGAUCGUAUGGUUAUGAUUGCUAAGUCGCUUGAAUAUGAGGACUUUGAUAAAUUUGACCGAGUUCGAUUUCCUAAAAUCCAUUAUGCUGGAAUGCUUCAAUAUGAUGGCGAGUUGAAGCUUCCCAAUCAUUACCUUGUUUCUCCUCCAGAGAUAGAGAGAACAUCUGGUGAAUAUUUAGUGCACAAUGGUGUUCGUACUUUUGCUUGCAGUGAGACUGUCAAAUUUGGUCAUGUUACCUUUUUCUGGAAUGGAAAUCGCUCAGGGUAUUUUGAUCCAAGUAUGGAGGAAUAUGUAGAAAUUCCCAGUGAUUCUGGAAUUACAUUUAAUGUCAAACCAAAGAUGAAGGCAGUGGAGAUUGCUGAAAAGGCAAGGGAUGCUAUCCUCAGCCGCAAAUUCCACCAGGUUCGUGUUAACCUACCAAAUGGUGACAUGGUGGGGCACACUGGUGAUAUUGAGGCUACAAUUGUAGCUUGCAAGGCUGCUGAUGAAGCUGUCAAGAUUAUCCUUGAUGCAAUAGAGCAAGUGGGUGGAAUAUAUGUUGUCACUGCAGAUCAUGGAAAUGCUGAGGACAUGGUGAAGAGGAAUAAGUCUGGUCAGCCUCUCUUGGACAAGACUGGCAAAAUUCAAAUUCUUACAUCUCACACUCUUCAACCUGUUCCUAUUGCAAUCGGGGGUCCUGGACUGGCGGCUGGUGUGAGAUUCCGCAAUGAUGUUCCUGGUGGUGGGCUUGCCAAUGUUGCAGCAACUGUGAUGAAUCUCCAUGGAUAUGAGGCUCCCAGUGACUAUGAGCCAACCCUGAUCGAGGUUAUUGAUAACUAGAAUGAAAUUAGUGAUUAUGGUAUCAUAAAUUUUGGAGGUAAAGCGGGCAUGCAGUGUAAGAGCAAUGUGAAGUAGAGUGUUUAUGUUUUGGCAAAAAAUAAGUUGAAUCAGGAGUGCCCUUUCUGCACUGGGGAAAGGGUAUUUUUUGACAUAGGACAUAUUUAUGUUUGUGUCAUUGUUACCCAGUCUGGGGACCGACGCUUUACAAGUUUUGUUCGUUUUAAAAAGGUUCAUUAUUAUGUUUUUUUGGAGGGUUAUGUCUAAGAUGAAACACAAAGGCAAAUUGCAUAAACCCUAUUUUAAUUACUCUGU